AUGGCUCUUGAGACAUCUCCUCCAUCCGCCUCCUCCACCCUCCUACCUUUUCUUGGCGGCAGGUCUCGUAGAGGCUCGUUGGCAUCCAUAGCAUCACGUGGGGCCGCCGCGGUGGACAAAGAUGUGCUGGCCCAGGCGCUGGACGACAUCCAUACCGAGGCAUCCAAGUCAGAAACACUCACUUCCUUCCAUGAUUUCGACGGGGAGGGGAGCGGCAAAGGGCCGAAGGAGCUGGUGACGAACGGUGUCACUGGAAUAUACCAUCGCUUGAAGCAGUCUGUUGGAUCGGGAGGUGGUUCCUCAAAAGAAGGCAAGACUAGACCCAAGAGCAGCGGCUCGAAAGACUCGGUAGAAACAUCUUCGAUACCUUCGACUUCUUCGCCGAACGCGAGUCGGACUAGCAACGUGGGACUCAAUGUGAAAAGACCAACCCCUGAUACGGCUUCGGCUGUCUCACUGAGUCUCCCCGCUUCGCCCGUCGUCCAACAUGGUACAGCCAACGGCGACGGCGUCGCUGUCAGGUCGAGCACGCCAAAGCUGCACACUUUAGAUGGCAAACCAAUUCCCUUAAUUACGCCGAGCGAAUCUGCAGACAAGACCAAGGAGAGUGGCCCUCCACCUAAAUCAUCCAAAAGAGCUGAAGAUGCGCCCUUCAGAGAAGAAAUCGAUAGGACAAGGAACGCUUGGGCGGACAGUGAUUUACAUGAAGCUCCCCCGACCUCCUUGGCUCGUGGUCUAUCACAUCCAGAAAUAUCAUUAGCAGGUCGACCGAGCCAUGUGCAAGAGCCAGGCCUGGAGCGCGCCAUUGAUGAUUCUGACGGCGGUGAGGAACACAGUGACAUGCUAGCUGUUCCCCAGGUUAACAUUACAAGUCGCGGUACUAGAGCAAGAGAGCACAGGUCAAAGACUUCAGAUCCGACGAUGCAGAGUCCACCGAUGGUCUCCGUGGGGCCCUCUCACCUUCCUGGUUUCGAACCGUCGCGAGCUUCUUCAACUACGGAUGGCGUUGAUACCAUGUCAAUUAGCAGCUCACAAUCAACUCUACGACGGCCAACUUUGGAACCUUCUCCCAAUCUCAAUUCAGGUUUCCAACGCAGAAGGACUGACUUGAAAUCCCUGCCUACAGCGUCGACACGUAGUGUGUCGUCUCACCUCAGGCGACGGGUGCUAAGCAAGGACUUCUGGAUGAAGGAUGACAAUGCCAAGGUCUGCUUCUCCUGUGGACAGAGCUUUUCGACCUUUCGGCGCAAGCAUCACUGUCGAACAUGUGGUCAGAUCUUCGACGCAAAAUGCACCAUUCUCACCCCCGGAAGGCCAUUCGGACAGCCUGGGACCGUUCGGCUGUGUCGACCCUGCGAGGAAAUGAUAUUCAACAGCGACGAUGAUUCCACCGUAUUCUCCGACGACGAUGACUACACUCGAAGCCCUUAUAUUCCCUCAAAUCCACAUCUCAGCGAUGAUUUACUUGGUCAUUUCAGUGGCCCGGGCUUUAGUAGAACAGAUGCAGAGGUCACAACGCCCUCCAUCGGUAUUCCCGUCUCUCGUCGCAACCGUGAAGCCAAGCGUCGUUCCGCUGUGAUUGAAUUUGACACACAGCCCACACUUGCACGCCCCAGCUCUGCUCACUCUCUUAUAUCUUUGAGCCGGCGACCUCGAUCCUCCAGCCACCGCCGCCGGCAUUCACGUCAUCAGCUUGGUCGUGGGCUGCGGUCGAGCAUCGAUGUGGAACGAGGCCCUUUCCACCAAGACGCUACUUUUGAUCCGGACAAGAAGUCCUCCAUGUCCACAUUCCACCAUGACAGCAUUAUCGACCCAGAUCUGGCCGCUUUCCUGUCAGACGAUGGCUCCGAUGAUGAGGAACAGCCAAGUAUCAUGUCCGCCGUAAGCGAUGGCACGGGAGUAUCUCCGGCAGAUCGCGAUAAAACUGGUCUAAGUGGCAUAUUUGCCUCGGCGCUGAAGAAGAACCGGUCGAAAGCAGGCGACAAAGGCACCGCACCAUCGAGCACUAGAGGCAUGAGGGAAGAAGAUGGACUUGCGCACUCCGUUAAACAAGGACAGAAGCUCAUGCGCAAUCGGAAUCUCAGCAAUGGGUCCAUGGGUUACAAUCGACCUUCCCCCAAAAGGAUUCGCAGCAACAUGCUGUUGAGCUCAGUGGAGCCAGACUCGUCCGAACCAACGCCAUCAUCGCCGCUCACUGCAACGAAGCAGUCUCAUGCGAAGGUCGUUCCCAGUUCAGCUUUGCAUUCGCUGCACAGUGCCGAGCGGGAUGAUGUUGAGCUUUAUCCCGCAAGCCUUGAGCACGUCAAGAAGCUCCUUUUGCAGCACUUACGUGAUCACCACAUUCCCCAUGUGUCUGCAUGGGAGAAAGCAUUAAUGCCAAUAUUGCUGCAGUGCACGGAUGACGUUGAACCCGAUGUGCAAGCCGGCGACGACAUGGACAUCAGGAACUACAUCAAGCUCAAGAAGGUCCCUGGGGGCAGGCCUGGGGACACGAGCUACGUUUCCGGCGUAGUCUUCAGCAAGAACAUUGCCCUCAAGACCAUGUCCCGAUCUAUACGCAACCCACGAAUCGCGGUCGUCACGUUCGCAAUUGAGUAUGCUCGCCAUGAGGCGCACUUCAUGAGUCUCGAGCCGGUGAUUGCUCAAGAGCAAGAGUACCUUGAGAACAUUGUCAACAGAAUUGCCGCCCUCCGACCCAGUGUGUUGCUUGUUCAAAAGCACGUGUCAGGCCUUGCCUUGCGCCUCUUGGAAAAGGCUGGCAUCACAGUUGCGUAUAACGUCAAGCAGGCUGUCCUCGCUGCUGUCGCUAGAGUCACACAGACUCGAAUGAUCACGUCCAUCGACAAGCUCGGCAUUGAUCCUUCACACCUUGGGCGUUGCGACAGCUUCGAGGUCAGAGCUUAUGUCUCUGACGGUAUCCGGAAAAGUUACAUCUACCUUUCUGGCUGUGAGCCUGAUCUGGGUUGCACUAUCGUACUGAGGGGCGCAGACACAAAGACUUUGCGCGAAAUCAAAAGAAUCACCGAGUUCAUGUGCUAUGUGGCAUACAAUCUUAAGCUCGAGAACUACCUCAUGCGCGACGAAUUCGUCUCCAUCCCUCACACUGCCCAAAGCCAAAUCGAGGCCCACGAUCAGACAUUGAGUUGGCGAGAUCCUACGGCAUACAACAUUGAUGAGGCUCAAAAGUCGAUAAGAGAGACGCUAGGGCAUGACUUUGAUGAUGAGGAGAUCCACUUCAAGUAUGAAGAUUUUGAGAAAGAAACUCGGAAGCGAAUUCUUUCCGCAUCGCCAUUCGUGGUUUUCAUGCAGCCUUACAUGCUGACGCAACUUCGUGAUCUGGAGCGACGCCUAGCCACAUACAAGAUGCUCAGGGAUAAGUAUGCGCAAGCUGAUGAAGAAGGCGAUGGGCAGGAUGAAGACGAGGAUGGUCCGGUUAACAUGGACUUCAAACUUGUGCAGCCGGAGAUGGUGCUCGCGCCGCCAUCCAAGGAUCAGCCGAAAGCGGUACGCGAGUAUCUGCACGCGGUUCAUGAAGCACAGUUUGAGAAAGCAAAGCACACCUACGAAGUCCAGGAGCGCCAGUGGCAGUCCUUCUUGGGUGGCCAAAUCGAUCCGUUUGAUCCCUUCUCGCAUCAACAGAUCAUGGUCCUGUACUCGACUGUAUCGAGCAUCACUUCGGCGCCUUGUACCGGACCUGAGCUUUUCGGCAUUGGAUUCUACGCUGCAAUGCACACGUUGGAUGAAUACACAGAAGAAGACAUUCCGUUUGGUCAAUAUAUUGAGGAUCUCUGUCUGCAUGCAAACAGUACCUGCAAGGAAUGCAACAAGAAGAUGUCCGAUCAUCAUCGGCAGUAUGUCCAUGGUUAUGGACAAUUGACCGUCUCGAUCCAGCGUCAGCCAGCGAAGAUGAGAGGCUACGCAGAUACAAUCCUGAUGUGGUCUACAUGUCGGAUCUGUCGUCAGGAGACCACCGUAACACCGAUGUCCGAUCAUACGUGGAAAUAUUCAUUCGCGAAGUAUCUAGAGCUCAGCUUCUGGAGCAGCUCUUUGCAUCCUCGUGCUGGACUUUGCAAGCACGAUAUUCACAAAGACUUCCUGCGAUGUUUUGGCUACCAGAACAUGGUCGUGCGCUUUCAGUACGAUGCCAUCGAUAUCUACGACGUCGUAGUCCCUCGUGGUAGAGUCACGUGGAAAGUUGAGGCGGAUCUCAUCACCAAGAACGAGCAAUAUACCAGCCUAGAGAAACGGCUGAACGCUUUCACUGAGUCAUUGAGGAAGAGGUUAAGUACGAUCAACGUCGAUACCCUUGAGGACCAAAAGGCACAAGAAGCUUAUGCUGUCCUUGAAAAGUUACGACAGAAGGUAGAGGAAGACCACGAAGAGUUACUCGCCAAACUGCAGCGAAAGUAUGCUGGGUCGCGUUACUUCGAGUUGAUCCCGCUGAAUCGAGCGCUGAGAUUCAUGGAUGAAAAGGCUUUGGAGUGGGAUCAAGCGUUCAAUGACUUUGAACGGGAUUACUUUCCUUCCGAGACGGACAUUCGAAAGCUCGCCGCGCUUCAACUGCGCAAUAUGUUUGUCGAGUCAGACCCAUCACGGGAUAAUAGCGACACUGAGGAAGGCACAGAGAUGACGUCUGUCAAGAAGCAGGGAACACCACGUCGACAGACAGAAGACGAGAUCGCUCAAAACGCGCUGACUUCUGUAGUUGAGGAGCACAAAGCAGACAAAGACGAGGGCGAAACUUUGAAGGCCGUUACGAGCAAUGAUAGCGCGCAGGGCUCAGGAAGUGGGCUCACGCGCGAGAUGUCACCCUGCCAAGAUCAGGAGCAAGCUGUUGAGCGCAACGAGGUCAAGCACUUGGACCUUGCUGUUUCUUCUCAGUCGCCCAGUCAUGCAUCAAACGACGAUAGUCCUAGACUCGCGGACCUAUCUCCAAUCAUCACUACCCCAAAUCCUGAGCAGGGCCAGCGCGACGAACCAUUUGCGACGCAACCUAAGCCGCUAAGUUCUGGACUCUUAGAGCGCAUCGAGCAGAUUAGGAGCCAUCGUGCGGCAGGAAGUGCGGACCCGGAAGCCAUGGAGUCCAAGAUACCCAGACUUGCGGAUCUCAAGAAACGUGAAGCAAGCCCAGCUCCUCAUCCAACGCCGCCUCCUUUGCUCCGUGCUCAGUCUCAACCUGGUCACGUACCGCGUAGAAGUGCAGAUCUGUCCGACCGCUCCAUCGAUUCUGUUGCGUCCUGGUCGGCAAACAACAACGGUGAUCUCCAAAUAGCUGAGAAGCGGUUGGCUGACAGGUUGGGUAUGGGUCGCCUAGCCAGUAAGGUUGGCAAAGUUGCACCCUCAUUCAUUCCGAGAUCAAUUCCUCACAGGAACGAGGAUGGCAGUAUCAACAUAUCGAGCGUAUCUGCAUUGGCUAAGCAUUUUGAGACGUUGUCGAAAGAGUUCGAGAAGGAACGUCUAAAGGAAAGGCGCGAGCGUAAUCAGAAAAGUCGCCAACACCGGGCCAAUCCACCGGCGAGCAGCAGACCUGUAGUAGAAGUGUACCACAACGCAACGGAUGCAGUGGGGGAACGGUCCACAGAAAAGACAGGCCAAGACAAAGAGACUCAAGACGACAAGACUGCAAGAGAGUAUAUGGACGAAUUUGUCUCGAAACUUCAGCCCGAGGACAAUUCUGUGGCCGAGCAGGAUGACAAGUCUCUAACGUCUGACAAGACAGGAGGAGAGGAUGCGGCAGCCGAGCCAAGCCACAAGAGCAGUGAAGAAGUCGAAGGCGAUACCAGCGAGUCGAAGCGCUUAUCCACGCGUCCUCGUGAUGGGUCCGAUCUCACGUCUGGUAGCCCAUCUAUCGUCUCGCCACCGGUGGAACAAGAGACGGAGUUGCCUGAAAUAACAAUCACUGACCACAAGAAGAGCCAGUGGUUUAACUACCUCUCCGACUUCUGGUCGAAGCGGUCUGCAUCUGGUUGGGCUAAUCUCGAAUACCCGCUUCACAGCAAUGAGCAUGUUUUCGAAGACUCUGACAUCGUGGUUCGUGAGGAUGAGCCAUCUUCUAUUAUUGCACUCUCCUUGGCAUCUCCGGACUACAAGAACAAAGUAAAGGAGUUCCGCAGCCAUCCAAGCAAGGCACCUCUGGCGAAGCAUGGGCAUGCACACACCCACUCACAGGCUUCUGCAGUUGGUCCAAGCCAGGAGCAACGCGAAGCGAUUGAGGCGUCUCUACUUAGUGACACAGGGACGCACAUGAAAUACUCGUUCAGCCAUGGGCCUGUCAAGGCGUCCUGCAAGAUAUUCUACGCCGAGUCUUUCGACGCUCUUCGCCGGAAGUGCGGUGUCGCCGAUCGCUUUAUAGAGUCGAUGUCCCGCUGUCUAAAAUUCGACUCCAAAGGUGGAAAGACAAAGUCGCUAUUCCUGCGCACAUUGGACAACCGGUUCAUCAUCAAAAGCUUACAGGAAGUUGAACUCAAAGCGUUCACCAAGUUUGCGCCGGACUACUUCAAUUUCAUGAGCUACGCUCUCUUCCAUGGCGUACCUAGUGUGAUUGCAAAAAUGUUUGGUGUGUUCCAAGUCAACAUUCGCAACCCAAAUACCGGUGUCGACUUCUCCUACUACCUUCUGGUCAUGGAGAAUCUAUUCUAUGAGCGCAAUCCGAAUCGCCGUUUUGAUCUGAAGGGAAGCAUGCGCAAUCGAAAGAUCGAGAGCACAGGACAAGCGGAUGAGGUGCUUCUUGAUGAAAAUUUGGUCGAGACAAUCUUCGAGAGGCCGCUCUUUGUCCGCGAACAUAGCCGGAAGUUGCUACAGGCCAGCGUCUUCAACGACACACUUUGGCUUUGCAAGCAGAACGUGAUGGACUAUUCUUUGAUGGCCGGAUUCGACGACCAGCGCAAAGAACUGAUUGUGGGCAUCAUCGACUGCAUCCGUACAUAUACCUGGGACAAGAAGCUAGAAAGCUGGAUCAAGGACCGGGGAAAGAACAAACCUACAAUCACGAGCCCCAAGGAUUAUCGGAACCGGUUCCGGGUUUCCAUGAUGCAGUAUGUUUUGCAGGCACCUAACUGUUGGCAUCAGUUCCAGGCGCAGAUGGCGCCGCCGAAGACGCUCAAGGAUACGGAUAACCGCCAGGGAGAGAAGGACACGGAGGGCAGUGUCCCGGAGGUGCUCGAGGGCGGCGAUGAUGGAAGUGUUGGCGCGGAUGCGGGAGGCGCUUAG